CGCACUCUUUCGCACACGCGCGCAUCGCUCCUCCGAAGACCCGAUCGGACCACGACAGCCGCGGUGAUACUCUCCCGGAAUCGCAUUCAGUGUCGUACGCUGACCGCCACCAGACGUCCGGCUCUGUUCACCGUCGCCCAAGUCCCGUCGACCAUCGUUUUCCUUUUUCCUCGUCCGUUAUAAUAUUAUAACACGACAACAUUGUUUGAUAUUCUCUCCGUCGUCCACCACUCGUUCGUCACCGACCGCCGUUACCACCGAUUCUGUUGAUAAGAGAUAAUUUUGUAUACACACCCGAAAGACUAACGAUAGCCAUGGCCGCGACGGUUUCCAACGGCAACGGCACUGACGUGGUGAGCCUACUGAAAAAGACCAAACCGCCGGCACUGAAGAAACUGGCGUCGUGGAAGGACGAAAACGAAUUCGACGAUACCGGCAACCCAAAAACGCCAAGAACGUCCACUACGCCGGGUAAGAUGCCGGGUCAUGAGCACUGCACGUUUCACCAUGACUUAGAGUUGGACCACAAGCCACCUACCCGUGAAGCCCUGUUACCGGACAUGACUGACUCGUACAAGAUGCUUUUGAGCGCGUUGGGAGAAAACCCCGAGCGUCAAGGGUUGUUGAAGACUCCGGAGAGGGCUGCAAAGGCAAUGCUGUUCUUCACGAAAGGCUACGAUCAGACGCUGACAGACGUACUUAACGAUGCUGUAUUUGACGAGGAUCACGAUGAAAUGGUUGUGGUGAAGGACAUUGAAAUGUUUAGUAUGUGUGAACAUCAUUUAGUUCCAUUUUACGGAAAAGUUUCGAUUGGAUAUUUGCCGAAAAACAAAAUUUUGGGCCUCAGCAAACUUGCACGCAUCGUGGAGAUGUUUAGCAGAAGACUUCAAGUGCAAGAACGAUUAACUAAACAGAUCGCUGUGGCUGUCACCCAAGCCAUCCAGCCCGCUGGAGUUGCCGUGGUCAUUGAAGGAGUUCAUAUGUGCAUGGUCAUGAGAGGCGUGCAAAAGAUAAACAGCAAAACCGUCACGUCUACCAUGUUGGGAGUGUUCAGAGACGACUCAAAGACGCGCGAAGAAUUUUUGAACCUAGUCCAGUCAAAUUGAAUUUUGCCAAAACAGCAUCAACGUCAUUACAUUCACAAGACAUUUACGACAGCGAAUCUUUAUAUACAACCCUAAUGGAUUAUUACUAUUAUCAUUCGUACACACAUAUAUAUAUAUAUUUAUACAAUAUGUGUAUACAUAAUAUAAAUAACGUUAUACACAAACUUAUUAGCCACUCACUUACCUACGUAUACACGAGAAAAAAAUAUUUACUGGAAUUAUAUGUGUGUGUGUGCACACUUCUGAUAUUAAAGCACAUAAUAUAUUUGGGCAUAUAAAAGGCUGGGUUUUAAAAUAUUAUUGAAAAAAAAAAAGAUCGGUUGAUUGUUAUUGAUUUACAGACAUACUAUUUUGUUGAUACUACCUAUACAUAAAUGUUUACUAAUCGUUAUUUUAAUUAAAAAAAAAGUAUAAUCCGUUUUCAACUCAAUUGACACUGCAAUAUGAUUCUAAUCUUAUUAUUUCGUCGUUAUUUCUCCUUUGAACUCGUGUCGCGAGUAACCAAAAACAGAUAAUAUUAUACAUUAUAAUUCUUCCAUUUUUCAGUAUUAACGAAACGAAAACGAAACAACUGAUUUACUAUAAUGUCCAGAAUCGUUUAUUUAUUAACAUAACAUAAUAUUAUAUAACUUAGCAUUAAUCGAAAACUAUCAUUAUUAUUACCUACUAUAAUACUACAAUAUCGUUAAUGGUAUACUGUUAACCAACGGGCCCUUUCUGGUUCUUUCUGUGCUCCCUUGCCCCUCGGAGACGAGUCACGUGUUAAUGUUUGUUAUUUAAGAAAAAAAAAUCUACGAUAUUAUUAUUGUUUUUAUAUUUUUGUCAAAGUGUUAUUGCCGUGAAAUAGAUUUUAUUGUUCUGGUUUGAUUGAUACUUAUAUAUAUUAUAACCAAAUUGUAUUGAAAAAUAAUAUAUUCGCUUUGUGCACGGUUUGGUUA